UUUUUUUUUUUUUUUUUUGCAAAGAUGAAUAAAAAGUUGUUGAAAAGACCCAUUCCUAGAGACUCGAUCAAGAUGAAACACAACAAGGCUUCUUUAUUAAAGCAAUACACUCAUUAUCUGGCACGACAUCAAAUAGAGAUUCCAUUAAAAGUCAUUGCAGUGAUCCUUGGAGGCUACAUUCUUGGUUUACCUGGUUUCCAGCACUUUGUAUUGAUCAGUAACCAGAGAAAGGAUGGUCGCUAUGAGAAAAGCUUAUGGGAUUUAACGUUUCUCUUUUUUUACAUCUGCGUCUUUACUGCUCUUCGUGCCACUUUAAUGGAUUAUGUCUUGAUCCCACUUGCUAAACGGUCGAGAGUGUCUGCAAAGAAGUAUCAACGAUUUGCUGAACAAUCUUGGUCUUUUCUUUACUAUGCAACAGCCUUUUCCUAUGGCAUCUAUGUCAUGUACGAUCAGCCUUGGUGGUUUGAUACAACUUACUUUUGGCGCGAUUAUCCAGUGACUGAUUACACCGCAUCAUUCAAGUACUAUUAUCUCCUACAGUUCGCAUUCUGGUUACAACAAAUCUUUGUAUUACAGAUUGAAGCACCUCGUAAAGACUAUAGGGAACUUGUCAUGCAUCAUAUCAACACUUUAUUACUUAUCAGUCUGAGCUACGGCUGUAAUUUCACCAGGGUUGGAAAUGCUGUCUUUGUCUGUAUGGAUCUACCCGAUACGUUCUUAGCACUCGCCAAAACUUUAAAUUACGCUAAACCAGGCAUGGUAUGUAAUACAGCCUUUGUAUUUAUGUUCUUUUCAUGGAUGUAUACGCGUGUAUACUUGUAUGGACGCAUCAUUUGGUCAACAAUGACAGAACCAGAGCUCUAUGUGCCUCAGUUCAAACUAGAUCCUCUUUCUGGAAAUUGGUUCCCACACUUUGUAAAAUAUAUUAUUGCUGGAUUAAUGAUUGGAUUGUACUUUCUCAUUCUGUUCUGGACGGCCAUGAUUUUCAAAGUAUUGUAUAAAAUGGUGACGGAGCCUGAGGCAAAGGAUGUUCGUUCUGAUGACGAAGAGGAGACAGAAAACAAAUUGAUCGAACAGAUUGAAGGUGACCACUCUACACCUGUGCUAGAACACAAAAAGCUGCAAUAAAAAAAAAUACACAAAUCUUACCAUAAUAGCUAAUGUAUUCCCCAUUUAAUUUUCCUAUCAUGUAUUAACAAAAACUAAUGGUCAAAAUAAUAAAUAAACCAGACAUUUCUCGGUAAUUAUAGCAUGUCAUUCUUUAUCGUUCUUUCUA